GUGCGACUCUAUUCUCUAAAGGUGGCAACCUUGGCUGUCAAAUAUAAUCUAGUAAGCAAUUUUCUAUCAGAACAGUGAAUGUCGAAUCGAGGCGAUUGAGAAAAUAAAAUGAAUUCCCAGUUCAGCCGAAAAGCCAAAUCAGAGCCAACCAAAACACCUACAGCUAUAAAACAGAAGCCGUCGACCAAACUGGCAGGCCCGAAACCGAGAUCCGCGACGGUGGUGCUGAAGCGCCGUAAUCGCCGUCGCCGAAAUAACGAAGCAGCCAGUGGAUUUGGAGGAGGAAAAGGAGAAGGAGGAGGUGGUGGUGGUGGUGGUGGUGGUAACAAGGACAGUGAGUCCUUCCAGUUUGUUCCGGUGCGGCAUAAACCCUUGGGCGAGUACCUGGCUCUUGAGGAACAACCUGCUCCCAGUCGCCCAACUGCGUCCCCUUCCUAUUCGCCGCUCGAUACACCGCCCAUGAGCUAUGCCGCUGCCGUUGAAUCGCUCCCAGAGUCCAGGCUCAAGAUCAAGGUGGAAUUAUCUCCACGUCUCAAACUGGUCAACAAUCAUCUCCCGGUCAAGCGGCAAAGCCCCAAAAACUCACCCGACAACAAGUUCAAAACAAUCAAGCCGCCGCAGUCCAAGCCAAACAUUGCCCAGGUGAAUCCAAAGCAGAAAGUGACCCAGGCUACUCCCCAGCCUCGUGUGACCCAGGUGAAUUCCAAGCCGAUCAGCUCGCCAGCAGCAGUUGGCAGUAGGAAAUCCAGGGCUAAGAGAUCCAAGAUGGCCAAGCAACAGAAACGAGCAGAGGAUGCCAUUAAAGCGGUUCAGGUUCCACAGACGGCUCCUAAACUUCUAGAUUCCUCGCCAGAGUUAUCCGAAGCCUUCAUCUAUUUGAAUCACCACCACGAGCGGAUGCAGCGCAUCCUGGCCCAACAGACUGCUGAACAGAAACUUCGUCUUAACAGUGGCCAAGUGAAACCCUGUAAACUCGAUGCCCAGCACUCGACACUUCGAUCCCUCUUCGACUUCGAUGAGCGGCUUUUCAAACGCGGCAAUCUGGAGGCCGCUGCUCUGUUGGCCCAAAACAAGGCCAUGCUACGCCAGUGGCUAAACCCUAGCUUUUUGAUCUCCUAGGCAGCCCCCUCUAAGCCCUUACAAAUGCAAAUUUAUCAGUUAGUUUUAUGUGUUUCAAGGAAUUUUGUUGAAUCAAAAUUCAAAUCAAAAUUUCUAGGAAAAUCUCUUUAGCUCACUGGCAGCUUAUGAAUAUGAAAUAUAUUGUUGGGUAUUCGCAAAUAAAAAGUUCUUUAAUAUAAAAAUCUGGUACUGUCAAUAGUAAAUAAUAAAUAA